AUGGGACCAACUUCAUAUGGCGAGGCAAUCUACAGCCGACCUGUACAGCCUACGAUCAGUGAGUCUCACAAGUCAUGCCAACGUACUGAUGUGCCGGAUGAGAAAACCCUCGAAACGUUUCUGGUGGAUACUGAUGACUGCAUCAACACCAGUACCAAGAAGAAAAGCGUGGAAACGCCAGCACCACUUCCAAUAGAUUUCAUUCGUGAUAUGAUCAUAACGUAUCUAUGUGAGACAUGGGAAUGGAAGACCGCUGUUCUUUACGAAAGGGACAACACAAACCAAGAUGGUGACCAAACUGCGAUCAAACCAUGGAAGAAAUAG